AUGAGUGAUUCGGAAGAUAAGGACAGUAUAUCGAACGUUACCCAACGGAGCAAAAGUAAGGUCGAAAAAAUGAGUGACACCGAAAAAUUGCAACAGGAAAAUGAGCGACUGCGGCAGCAGAUCGAACUGUUGCAAACACAACGGCAGCUUCAAGAGGCGCUCACCCAGCUACAGACACGAUCUAAAAUGCCAGAGCCAAGGGAGAUGGAGAGCCUUGUGAGCAAAUUUGAUCCGAAAGACCCAACUAGUUUAACCGCAGAAGAAUGGGUCAAAUCGAUCAAUAGUGUCGCUCGGUCGUACAAUUGGACUGAUGAUGCGAAGCUGUAUUGUGCUCGGCUUCAACUACAGGGUGCGGCGCGACUGUGGUUUGAAGGGGUAAGAGACGAAGUGGCGGAUUGGAGUACGUUUACUACGGCGAUCAAAGGAGGUUUCCCAUCGUCCCAGAGUUCCAUCCACUACCACAAUCUCAUGCAAAGCCGACGUCGGCUACCGACUGAAACCAUAGAAGUGUUCGUGUACUGUAUGAACGCGAUGGGAAAACGUGGGGGUUUCGAUGAGCAGACCAUCGUAACAUACAUAAUAAAUGGUCUGACAGCAUUUUUGUCUCGAUCUAAGGUCAGUGUAACUAACACCAAUACAGUACAAGAUCUAUUGACGCAGCUGAAGUGGAUUGAACAAAUGCAAGGUUUAGGCAAUGCAAACGUAGAAUCGCAAAGAGUUGGUACAUCGAAGCCUGCUGUUUCAGAUGUGGCUGGUACUUCUGGUUUAACAGAUACACGAGGAAAGAUGAAAAAGUGUUUUCGUUGCCAUCAAGAGGGCCACUGGAAGCGUGAUUGCCCACUAGCUAACCAAAAAUAUCCGUUAGUCGGGCAAAGAGCGGUUAACAGUUCGAUAAAGAUGAUACAGCGGAAAAGCGCCUUCGUGAAGCCAGUGGUAAUCGGUGAUCUGAACUUAACGGCGUUGGUAGUUACAGGGGCGAAAGCGUCUACAAUACAACAGCACUAUGCUUCGCGAUGUGGCGAAUUGCAGCCUUGUGGAAAAGUACUGCAAGGAUUCGGUUUGAAGCAGGUGGCUGUAAGAUCGUUGUGUGUAGCUAACAUUAUAAUGGAUCAGGUGAAACUGUCUGCGAAAUUUCAUGUGGUACCGGAUUACGUACAAGAGAUGCCAAUAAUUAUUGGUGAAGAUAUCAUCGAUCAGGAUAAUUUGGUGAUGAUAAAGCGAGGAUCUGAAGUGAAAUUUAAGUUGGAAUCCGAAGAAAGGACCAACGGAAGCGUCGAAGAUUUCGUAAAUGAAAAACCAAUGACGGUAUUCAAAAUCGACGUAUCAGAAGAAAAGAGUGUCAUUGUGGCAAAUGAUAUUAAGUGUGGUGGCUCGUUGACUGCCCAAAGCCAAUUGCUGGAAGUGAUGAACAAUUAUCGCCAGUGUUUUUCUAAGACGAUGAAAGAGCUAGGGGUAGCGAAUGAUGCCGAAAUGAAGAUAGUGCUUAAAGACACGGAACCAGUGUACGUAAAACUGAGAAAGCUGGAAUAUACUCGGGAGGCUGCAUUGAGUGAAAUCGUGGCUGAUCUCGUUGAGGCUGGAAUCAUUGAAGAGACUGAGUCACCAUACAACAGUCCAGUGGUGUUGGUGCCGAAGAAGGACAAUCAAUUCCGGAUGGCGGUGGAUUAA